AUGUUUGAGCGAACUCUAGGUCUUGAUGAAGCUAGCAGUGAAGAGCUUCCUCGAGAGGUCUCGUCCUCCAUUUUGUUAACUUUAUUUCCUCAAUGCUUCAUCAGCUCCUCGGGGAAUGGGUUUCAAGGAGAGCCUACUCAAAUAGCAGUUCAUGUUCAAGGAUGGGUUCGAGAGGACCCUAAAGCAAGACCGUUUAGUCGAAAAGAUCGAGUAAUGUUCAGUUUUCUUCGUCGUUAUGUAGGGCUUCCGCCUCAGGAUUCUAUAGAGCCGAACAUGAGCUUUCAGGAAGAAACGAUGACAUUCGUAGAUACUACGCCUUGUAUGGAAAGUACAAAUGAACCCGUGGAAGGAUUAGAAACGAAUGGUCAUUCGCGAAGUGAACCCAAUUUGAAAUACCAUAAACAAGAUUCGAAUACUGUGUCCCCGAGUCAAUCCAACACCUCGAUUCGGUCUAGUUAUAGUUUAUCCAACUUUGUUCAAAGAUUUAUGAGUCCUUCCACAAUGAGCAAUUACAUCGCGUCUAUAGGACUGAAGAGGUGUGAACACAAUUUCAUCACUCGGUCGGCAAACUUACUAAGCCGUCCGAUCAAGAAUGAGACUGUUUUAAUAAAAAUCUACUCUACAGAUGACAGUUUUAAGGAACAUUGCGUGGCAGAAUUUCAAGUAAUCACUGAUCAAAAUGGAUACUUUAUAUUGAAGGAGAUUAUUCCGCAUUUUAAAACCAGGAAUAACAAAUUUUCAGUAGAAGCAGUCGCCAUUGGUCCUUCAUCAACAGAUGGGCAAGCUCGCGCUGUGUUGAGUGAGGUUCCUGUUUUGGGUCGCACGGGUGUUUCCAUCAUUUCUGAUAUAGAUGACACAGUGAAAAAUACUAGGGUAGUGGAAGGCUCAAAGAAGGUAGCUGAAAACACACUAUUAGCACCUUUGAGUGAACAAUACAUAGAGGGCGUUUCUGACUGGUUCCGUGUUAUGACAAAUUUAGGAGCUACUAUACAUUUUGUAAGCAACUCUCCUUGGCAGCUUUGGCCUAUGAUUUCUGAAUUCUUUGAUACUAGCAAUAUACCGCUCAUUGCCUCAAUACAGCUGCGACAUUUCAGCAGUGUUAUACAAAACCUGGUCGAACCUGCGGCCCAGCGCAAACGUGAGGCGCUCUUGCAUACCAUACGAAAUCUUGGUGAUCGAAAGCUACUGUUAAUUGGUGAUAAUGGAGAACAAGAUUUAGACAUUUAUGCAGAGAUUACGACUUGCUUCCCUGAUCGAGUGCUGGGUAUACUUAUACGGGAUGUGCAAACUGAUUUUCAUGGGAAAGUGCAAGUUAGAGCGCCAAAUGACUCUAUCCAUGUUAAUCCUUCUGGUAGUGUGGAAGGAAAGGAAAGCAUUGGAGAAGAGAUUGGGUCCAAAUUGAAUCACAAAAAGCCGCACAAAGACGUGGAUGUUGAGAAUGCUUCAGAGUACUACCAAUUGGAGAAAGAACAAGGGACAGAGCCGUCAACGUUUCAACUGCAUCGUUAUUUUACGUACCGGGUCUUUAUGGAGGAUAGAAAUACAGGGUACAGAAAAGCCAAGACACAAGUAGAGCACGCUGUGACCAGGUUGCCGAAUGUUCAUUAUCUUACACCAUGCUCGAAUACCAAGUACUCGAAUGGAGUGAUUCAGGACUGGUAUGUUCGGUUGGCGCGUGCACGAGGACAGGUCCCGGAAAAGAUACCUAUCGUGAUGUGGAGAAAGGGCGAAGAAUGUGUUUUAUUUACAAAAAAGCUGAGUGAUGAACAUUUAUAA